CGGGUCAGACCGAGAUAUCCGACCCUGAGGGACAUCCGACCCUCAGUAACCACCAACUACGCAAUCGCAGGUUUCCGCGAGCACCAGAGGGCAUUCAAGUCGGGGCGGCAGUGAAGCAGUGCUGUGGUGUAGCCAUCAUCCAUCCCAUACGCGAUGAAACGACUCGGGUACAGAAAGUCCCGUACUGGAUGUUUGCGAUGCAAACAGAGAAGAGUGAAAUGCGAUGAAAAGAUCCCUUGCGGCGCAUGCUUGAAACACACAGUCUCCUGCAGCCUCCAGUCCACGGCAAUAGGUCCUCAAUCAACCCAAAAAGCCCUAGGUGGUGAUAGGCCAAAACGACGAACUACCCUGGUCUCACCAGCAAGAAACUGCUCAAAUCAACCAUGUGACACGUUGAUCAAAGCCAAAACUCCAUCGACGGCAAAUGCCAUACCUGGCACAUUUGCCUGUUUCUCUAAUUUUUGCUCGAAUGAAGACCCAGACAAAGAUUCUGGCUGCAUUUCUUGCGCUCAACUCAUACAUCAUUACACUGCAGUCGCCUAUCGCACCCUCUUCACGCCUUGUCUCCACGCGUGCGAAGCGCUGCAACAUGCUGUUCCUCAAGAAGCCUUCCUCUAUCCCUCCCUCCUCCACCAAAUACUGGCAUUUUCUGCCCUUCAUUUGGCAUACCUGCACCCCAAUUCACGUCGACAUCUUAUUCAAGCGUCACAACACCAAAGCACAGCCAUUUCCGGCACAAGGGAACUCCUCAAAGACCCAUUGGCAUCGAAUAGCUGUCAUGCUUUGUAUGCGAGCUCAAUAUUUGUCAUUAUUAGCGCCUUUGGGAUUUUUCCAAGCUGCGAGAAAAACAAUGCCAUGUUUGAGCCAAUCAGCAGCCUCGUGGAUAUCUUUGUGUUGGCUGGCGGGAUGAGCGUCAUCUUCGAGUCCUCCGACACUCUACUUCGUCAUGGGCCUCUACGGGGACUCUUCAGGGACUGUGACUGCCUUUUAACACCGCUGAAACCCCAAAUCCACGACAUGGCCACCAAACUACAAAGGUUGAUAGUACUGCUGGAGGAGGCACCCGAGCUUGACGGGGAAGAAAAAAAGACCCUGGUGGAAGCAACUGUUCUCCUCAUGGACGUUAUUGAGGAAGCGGAAGGAAGCAAAAAGACUCUGGCAACGCCUGAACUCAGGGCAGUGUUUGCUUGGCCCUUAAGACUACCGGCUGCUUAUCUUGCAUUGACGCGACGUCAUCACCCCGUAGCGCUGGCUGUUCUCUCGUAUUACUGCGUGUUGUUGCACGCUCGAGAAGCCAACUAUUGGUUCUUUGAAGGAUGGGCUAGGAUUCUACUUAAAUCCAUCGCCCCGAUCGUCAUUGACUCUCCGUGGAAAGAGAUGAUUCAAUGGCCGACUGAUACAGUUAGGAAUUUAAGUAUCGAGGGUAAACAAAUUGGGCUUGUAUAGUCGCUAGAUAUUGCUUUGAAUAAUAAAAGUAGAACCUAG